AUGAUGACAGCCUCGAAGUGGACCUGGAGCGACACGACUCCCACGGCUUCCGGGAUCACGAUCUCAGGAGAGCUUCGACCUCGUGCAUCCAAGCCGUACUCACUUCGAUUGCUUAACCAGUUCUUCAUUGGUGUCUGCGACAACCCGGCGCAGGCAAAGCCGGCGGAGCCCGAGGCAGUCACAACUGUUGAUAGCCUUUGGGUGAGGUUGGGAGGAUGGAAGUGCCGCCUGUCGUAG